AUGGCUCAGCCGCUGCGAGGCGUUCGCCUGAAACAGGUCAACAGCGUCGACAUAGGCGACGACGAACCAAAUGUCGACAUCAUUGCCAUCCAUGGCCUGGACACUAAGUCACCCGACACGUGGACCUGGAGAGCCAAAGACAGCAACGAGCCUAGUGUCAACUGGCUGUCGGAUCCGAACAUGCUACCAGCCAAAUUGAAGCGGGUUCGCAUCUUCACUUGCGACUGGCCGGCGGACCUGCUUCAGGACUCAGACUCGGUCCCAUGGACAGUCGGGGAGUUUGCGCGGCGCUUGCUCGCCGGAAUCCUCGACAUGAGAUUUUCCCUGGCAGCAGAUGCUAAAGGUCGAGAUCGGCCGAUUCUUUUCAUCGCCUCGUGCCUCGGUGGCAUCAUCUUGAUGAAGGCUCUGGUCAUGGCUGAUAGGCCUGAAAGCGACUACUACGCCAUCCGAAAGGCCACACGCGGCAUCGUCUUCCUCGCUACUCCAUUCAGAGGCACCUCCUUCCAAGAUAUAGCCGCCUGGGUAGAGCCAAUGUUGAAAACAUGGGCCUCGCUCCGAAAUCGAUCCGUGGCCCAGUUGCUUGACAGCGUGAAAGGAUCGACGUAUGAGCUUGAACAGCUUGUUCGCACAUUCACUCGGCUAUGCCAGGAUACGGAUCACCCUUGCAAAGCACACACUUUUUACGAAACACGUAUGACAAUCCUUCAGAGCAAGGUCUUGCCGGCGGCUCUUCUGCUGUGGCUUGGCCAGUCGAAGCUUCUGGUUGAUCGUAGCUCAGCUACUCUGGACAUUGACUCGGAUCCCUUGCCACUUGAAAGACGGCAUGUAAUGAUGAACAAAUUUUGCGGGCCUCACGAUGCCGACUACGAGACUGUCACCGGAAGGCUUGAUGCGCUUCUCCAGAUGGUUCGAAAUGGACCGCUGCAGCAGGCAGACGCCUGGAUUCGAGACAAACAUUACACGGCGGACAGGCUUCGGAUUCAACGCCUCUCUGGUCAGCUACUGCCGAUGGAUCAGUGCUAUAUCAAUCUCGUCAUCGUGGAGCGUCCUGGAGAAAGUACGCAGAAGUUGAAAGAAACUCAGUCGUCUCCAUUUUCAGUUUUCGCCCGACAGAUGCUUGAGGCGCCGGAUGAUACAAGUCAGAUCGAGCUGUCAACAAUUUUCAACGAGCGCAAGGGACGCGACGGUAAUCCCAUGCAACCAAGAAGAAUCCUUAUCCGAGGACGCGCGGGGGUCGGAAAGACUACCUUGUGCAAAAAGAUCAUCCAUGAAUUUCAGCGAUGCACAUGGACCCAAUGGAACAAGAUUUUCGAUCGUAUACUUUGGGUGCCUCUGCGGAAUCUCAAGCUAGAUGAAAGGAAAAGACCGGGAUACAACUAUGAAUGCCUGUUCAGCGAUGAGUAUUUCUCUCUGCCAGAGAGCAAGCCGAAGCUUGCUCGAGAACUGGCCAAGGCGUUAGCGACUAAGAGCAGCAAGACACUCUUCCUUCUCGACGGGCUAGACGAGGUACCACAGCUUAUGGUCGGCGAAAGCCCCAUGGCUCUUUUCCUACGGGACCACCUCUUGAAGCAGCCAAACGUCAUUAUUACUUCUCGGCCGUCUGGCAAAUCUCUACCUGGUAUGGAUCUGGAAUUAGAGACGAUCGGAUUCUACGAGGAGCAGGUGGAAGCUUACCUCAACGCCGACCCCGGAAUAGAGCCGAAAAUCAACGAGGUCAAAGUUUUUCUUCAGCAACAUUGGUUACUCCAAGGCCUUGUACGCAUUCCGGUUCAGCUAGAUGCACUCUGUUACACUUGGAGUGACUUCGACUCCGGAACGUCGCCAGAAACCAUGACGGAGAUAUACCAAGCAAUUGAGCAGAAGCUGUGGAGAAAAGAUGCCGUGAGAUUGGAGCGGAUGACCCAAGAUGAGGCCGACUCUUCUCACUGUACUGAGAUUGAGGACAAAGUCGAGUCUGAAGUCCACCUUCUGGAAUGCCUUGCCUUUGCCGGGAUGCACAGCGACGUGUUAGACUACACUUCUACACACCGGGAAAAGGUCUGUAGAGCUUGGAGGUCUUCUAGAAAGGCACAUGCACUUGUGCUUCCACUCGACGAGACCCUCAGUCGGCUUUCUUUUCUGCGCUCAUCUGACACUUCGACAAGGAUCAAGGAUAGAAGCUACCACUUUAUCCAUUUGACCUUUCAGGAGUACUUUGCUGCUCGUUACUUUGUCCACCAAUGGUCAUCUAGAGAACCUCUUUGUGCGCUGGAACUUGGCACGCAAGAGAAGGGAAGUAUGAAAGAGCUCGAUGCGGAAAGCUUCCUUCGAAGAGAGAAGUACAAUGCACGAUAUGACAUCUUUUGGCGCUUCGUCACCGGCUUACUCCACGCUGGCAAAGACGAGGAUGAAUUGUGCCGCUUCUUCCGCCUGAUCGAGGACCAGCCGCGAGAUCUCCUUGGCCCAGUACAUCAACGAUUGAUCAUGCACUGUUUGAGCGAAGUACCAUCUUCAGAUGGCAUCGAAUCCUUCGCUCUUCUUCGAAAAAGGUUGGAGCAUCAACUCUCGCAGUGGCUGAAAUUCGAAUGCAAACUGGCUAGUAUUGACGAAGGCUACCUGCAAUUAUUCGGGCGCCAAGUGCAUUUAGUCAGAGAAGUCGAGUUUCCCGAAAAGUGCUUAAACAAUAUCCUGGAAAGAGCAUCUGAGGACGCCAAGCGAGCGGUGUUGUAUGGUUUGGAAACGAGACCCAGACUGCCACGGAGCACAAUCGAUCUGAUGACCAGCUGGAUUGAGUCUGAGGACAUUGACUCUACGUGGAUACAUCCCGUUCUUCGCAUACUAUCUUCACAUCAUGAUUUACCAAUCCGAACACUCAACGCUCUGAUCAGGUGCAUCGAUGAUGGUAACUUCAGGACCCAAGAAUAUGCGGUAGAUGCACUCCGCGCACAAGGGACUUUGUCUGAAAAAAUCCGUGAUAUUAUAGCAUCACGGGUGAAGAAUGGGCAUCCGACUUUUCAACGAAGGGCGUUGUUUACUCUCAGCGGUUUACCGCUUGAAUAUGCCAUUGCCAUUACAGUGGCCCAGCUGGACCAUUCAGAUGCUGUUAUUCGACGACACACAUUACAGUCGCUCUUGUACGAUGAUGAUUUUCCUGGAUACGUCAUCCAGGCUGUAGCUGCACGCCUUGAAGACCGGCAUAAAAACAUUCGACUCGAUGCGUUGUCUGUGCUGAAUGACCGAGAGGCCUUGCCCCAAGAUGCCAUCAAGCUCGUGGUAGCACAUCUUGGAGACAAAGAUUUUUUCAUUCAAGAUAGCGUAUUAAAGGUACUUCGGAGCCAGAAAACGCUGCCGGAAGACAUCCUCAAAGACCUUGUAGCACAAUUACAGGUCCACGAUAAGGGGACCCAAGCUGCAGCAUUGAAAGCGCUUAAUGGAACAAAACAGCCGUAUCUAUCUGCAGAGAUUGUCAGUGAGAUCGCGGAGAAGUUGCAAGACCGAGAUGCAGCUGUUCGAGAGCAAGCAGCUCUCACGCUCACGGGUCAGUCAACCUUGCCUCAAGGGGUGGUGAAAGCUCUCGCGGCACAGUUAGAACAUGAUGAUGAGGAUGUUCGUUUGGCAGCAGCCAAGGCGCUUUGUGAUCGAUCAUUGUCCGAAGAUAUCCUCGAUGCGAUAGCGGCACGGUUAGCAGACCCUGACGGUUUUGUCAGGAGAGCUGCUCUGAAAGCAUUGGAGAGCAAGCCAGACUUGCCCCAGAGGAUUGUCAAAGCUGUAUUGCAGAGUCUAUCCAAUGAAGACCGGCAUACCAGACAACGAGCCAUUCAUGUGCUUGUAAACCAAGCUUCGCUAAUACCUGAAGUACUUCAUAAAGCGACCAUUUGCCAUACGUUGCUUAAACAGAGCUUCAGUGAGCAUAUCAGUUGUUAUGUUAUGGAUGGAGUCACUUACCUUGAUAUGCCGCAUGGUCUGGGGAAAGUCACCUUAAAAGGCAAUCCAAACGAGUUCAUGGAGGCAAUGUUGGAAAUGCAGAGGGAAGUCGGUAUUCCACGCCAGAUCGAUGGUUUGGGUGCGUGA